AUUCAGUUGUGUGAAAGUGAAAUGUGUAGAUUAAUACAUAUGUUCAUAUGAUGUGAAUCAUUUCAUUCAUAACUAUAUGUUUAUGUUUAUGACAUUAAAAAUAUGUAUCACAGUGAAAAUAUAACAACAAGUCAGAGAUUUGGUAACAGGUAAAUACAAUGGUCAUCAUUCAACCUAAAUGGAGAGGAAAUUCAGAGAUUAAUAAGGGAAUUCAUUCCAAAAUCAUAGUAUCCUGGGGAAGAAAUGAUUAACAUCACAAAUUAAUAAAUCGACUUCUAUCAGACAUGCAAAUAUGAUCUUCAAAUAUGUCAUAGAUGAAACACUGUGAGUAACUGUGGUAAAUCUGGAAAAACCAAAUGCAUAUAGAAAUAUUAAUUUGGCAAGUGUUUUUGUUUAAGUUCAGUUCCAGUCUCUUUGUUUCAGUCAAAGAGAGGGAGAGGGUGACUCCAGCCUUCUGCCAUAAAGUUUUACGACUUGUUAUCUGAUCUGUGGAAUGCAGAGACGUCUCUGGCUGAGGGUCUCCUGAAGCUGAAAAGGGAUUUUAGCAUGAAAGUUCAUUAAACAAACAUCCAUAGCAUAUAAUUGAAAGUCAUUGUCUUUUAAAAAGAAGAAGUUAUUCCAGGGGUUUAAAUGUUCACAGGAGCUCCAUCCUUCUGUGAAUGAAAACCUACAGAAAUACAAAUGUCUCAAUCCUCCUAUAGAGAUGGGUGUUGGUCAGUGCUGAAGAGAGAGACAGCUUAUCUGAGUUUUGAUCAGCUCAGGAAUUCCAGGGCCUUUGCAGUCUUGCUACACAACUUACUCCCCUGCUCCUGAUAAAGCACAGCCCCCCAGCCCGAUCUCACGAGGAUUCGUGAAACUGUCACGUAAGUUUUAGUUUCGGUUUCGUGCGCACCAACACGAUUUCGUCAUGUUUUUCGUGCCGCUCACCACGAAAUGCGCACCAAUGUAUUUUAAACGGCGGACUUUUCGUGCCACUCAGAACGUAUUUCAAAAGAAUGUGUAUAUUAUAUUUUUAAUGUAAAACCGUGGCGAAUCCAACGCUAUAUUUUGCAUGACAUCGUCCCUAAACAUAACCCUAACCAUAACCCUAACCAUAACCUAACCAUAACCUAACCAUAAGCCGGUGGUACACUUACCAAUUUGCAUAGGAAUUUCAAGAAUGUCCGGCGGCCGGCGGCCGCAAACGCAAUCACACAAGCAGUAUACGCCGAUGGACAGCUUAGAUCGUCAUGAAUCCGCCGGUAUAAACCACUUUCAGAUGUGAUUACCACAGCGAAAAACAUUUCGUGGUGAGCGGCACGAAAAACAUGACGAAAUCGUGUUGGUGCGCACGAAACCGAAACUAAAACUUACGUGACAGUUUCAUGAAUCCCCGUGAGACCGGGUUGAGCCCCCAGGCCGUCUUUUGAGGCGUCAGUGUGUAAUACAAAUGGCAAAUUAGGAUAGAAGUUGAGCAGGAUCAAACCAUUUUGAGGCAAGAUGGGGGGAGGGGGUGCUGUAUUUUUGUUGUUAAAACAUUACGUAUCAACCAAGUACUGUAUGUUUGUUUUUUGUUUUUUACACUUUUCUGGUUUGUUAAAAGAAGGACAUGCGAUACCAAAAAUAAAGAUAAAAAUCUUUUAAAUUUUAGGGGUGCUGGGAUUCAAUUUGGGGGUGCUUCAGCACCCCCACAAAUGGGCUAGAAACGCCUAUGAUCGACAAUUAAAAUAACUUUCUCCACUAAAACUAAUAAACAUGAGGUCAAAUAGAAGGAACAGUUUUAAAUACUGUAGUCCUAGUACGACGACAAGAAUAAAAUUUCUCAACAAAAACUAAAUCUGCUGGUGGAUUUCAUUAAAGUCCUAAUAAAUGAUAAUAAAGUGUGGUAGUAAAGGUUUGUGGUGCUAAAAAUCUCAAAGUAAAGAUAUCAAGUUGAACAUCUGGAUGGAGGUUGAUAAAAGUUGACCUCCCUUCAUUUCUCUGGAGCCGACUCCAUGGAUUUUAGAGAUGCUGGUUAAAGACCUGCUCUUCUAGUCGUCUUCCUUCAAGUUGCUGUAAAAAGUCACUCCAUCCUUGCUGAGUUCAACACCUCUUCAUGAUGACUUGUUCUGCCUCCGACCUCGUGGAAACUCCAGAAACUCUGGAAAACCCGUCGAGACUCAAAGAACUCGUGGAGACUCGAAGAACUCAUCGGGUGGGGGAAGGUGAGGUGGGCGGUGGGAAAGUAGAGGGGGGAGGCUGUCACCCACCUCCCUGCCUACUCUCCGCCCUGACUCCACCCAGACUCCACCUUGGUUCUGCCCAUGUGGUCACUUGGAAAGUAUGAUGACAAAGGGACGACGAAAUUAUGUUGUUUCACUGGAUCUGUGGCGGUACUUGGAGGCCGCUCGUCCGCACACGGGGGCCAAUCGCGUCGCCCAAAUCAUCUUUUCCCGACCACUCCCGUCACCCGGCCUUUCUUUUGAAAACCACUCGCGUCGCCUGUUCAGUCUUUUCCGGACAAAUCAGAGCCCCCCGAUCAUCUUUCACCACCCGCGCUAAUCUGAUGCCCGGAAUCAUAUUUUGCCCCCCUCUGAUAGAACGAUCGCAUCGACCAAUCGCGCGCUGGCAUUCAAAUCCCCUCUCCCCGCCGCAAGUUCUGUGUUUACGUUCGAGUAAACAGACGGAGAAAUACAAGGCGGCUGAAGGCGGAAAAAAACCCCAAAGCAACAGUCCUACAGAAGCCUACAGUUUCUUAUGAAACUGUAGGCUGCAGAGGUAAUACAUUAGCCUCAUUUGACCAUUGCUGCAUAUCACACAUUUUUGAUUGCUUGAUAUUUUGCCUUGUAGCACUGUGCCUCCUGUCCAGCCUGCACCAACACUGCCUCCUGUCCAGCCUGCACCGAGUGUGUCUCACGUCCAGCCUGCACCAACACUGCCUCCUGUCCAGCCUGCACCGAGUGUGUCUCACGUCCAGCCUGCACCAACACUGCCUCUUGUCCAGCCUCCAUCUGAUUUGUCCACUCUCCAGGCUGCACCUUCAGUGUCUUUCCAACCUCCAUCUCCUGUGCCUGCAGUCCCGUCAACACCAGCAUCCUCUUUGCAGCAAGUUGCUGUUGAUCAACACAACAUCCCAGGAAUGGACCGUGUGGAUGAAUUGGCAGAGUACCUGGUAGAGCUGCGGAUGCAGACUGGCCUCACUCUCAACAACCAGCAGGCCAGCACCAUUGUGGGUCUUUGGCAAAGUCUGGAACAGUUUGACAAGGACAGAAUUGUGUAUGCUGCUCGACAUCAGGACAGAUUGCUGACAGGCCGCUUUAGGUCACCCAAAAAGAAGGGAGUUUUCACUCCUGGUGUUGAGAGCACAAAAAGGUGUGUUCUGGGCUCAAGUGGCUCGCCUGCUCAGUGGCUUAACUGCUGUCGUCUCAGUGAGACUAUAUUUGUGAGACUGUGUAACAUACGCCCAAGUCCCAAAAAAAUGGGACAGCAGAGCAUAUCUCGGUGGUCUCUUAUUCUACGGGAUUACAAAAAAAUCAGGCAGCUGAUCUUGGCUAAUGGAAUUGUAAUGCAGGACACCACUCUUCAACUGGUUGAGGUAAACCAGACCACCCUCAUCCAGUGGCACAAUCAACGGCUGAAGGGGCAGGAGGUCUCUGUUCUAUUGCAAGGAUUGCAGCUGCCUGAAGCUCGGCCUGUGGCAGGUGAACCACUGCUACCUGCAAAGAAACAAUCUGCAUUUCCUUUGCAACAUCACCACCACCUUCAUACAUAUAACAUGCCACCCAACACAGCUGGACAGGCAAAAACUCGGUUUCGACAAAUUGAGCCAUCUACACCCCCCGCUCACUCUCAACUCUUGACACACGUGUCACAUUCGUCAGUGCAGCUUCCAGGUACAUCUGGUCUGUUAGGUACAAGAUCAAGCCUCAGACCUAUUUGCCCACAACCAGCAGCGCCACAGCUGUUUUGUUCUCCCAGUUACGUGCAUUUUGUGACACAGCCCAGUCCUCUCCCUGGUCCAAGUACCUCAAGCACUACUGUUGCCCAACCUGCCAGUGACACAGGUGCAAAACGUAAAUAUAAUGGAACGGUCACAUCCAAUACUUGUGGGAAGUGCAGACAGUUUCGCACACAAGAGACUGGCCAUAGUCAGUAUAAGGGCAAAAUAUAUUGCCCAAAUACUGAGACUGUAAGCAAGGAACAGUGGUUGAACAUGAUGAGGCAGAAAAUAAAGCCACUGAACCUCUAAACAUUCUGUUGUUGUUGUUUGCCUCUGAGGAUUGUUGCUGUGAAGGAAAGGAAGAAUACUUCAGGAUUUGUAAAGGUAUAGUUAAUUAAACCUUCACAAAUCCUUAAGUUUUCUUCCUUUUUUUCCUUUAAUAAUGUGCAUAUGUUAAUGCUUCUUUUGAGUGUUAGCAGUUUUAUUUAUCAGAAUGUAUCAUUAUUGUAAGUUUUUGUAACAUUUUUUGUUGUUGUUUUAUUUAUUGUAAAAUAGUUGUAAAAUAUGUCCAGUUAUGUGAAAUUUCAGUGACAUCUAGUUUCAAAUACAUCUAGUUGCUUACACUGGUGUCAUCUCUCUUCUUUGUUGAAACUUUAAUGGCAUUAAAUGUCAUAAUGUCAACAACAAAUGUAAAUCUGACUGCAUAAUACAGAUAGCAUUUGGAUGACUUUAGGUACAUCACAACAAUUAAAUCACUUACAUUUUUUAUUAUAGUUCUACAUUGUUAGUUGUAGUUGUAAGAAUAAGCAAGUUAUGAGUGUUUAAGUCAUUGAGAGAACUUGGAAUUCAACACCUAAACACAAAUUGCAAUUAUUAUCCAUAUGGUUCUGAGCGGGAUUCGAACUCAUGCCAGGGUUUUUUUUCCCCCUUUUUUUCUUCCCCCUUCUUCCCCCUUCUUCCCCAUCUUAUACGGACAAUAGUUCCCCAGCUUUAGCUCAGUGAGUUAAGGGUGUGCCUGUAAAGCUGCAGGUUGCCAGUUCAAGACCAGAUCUUUCUUAGAUUUUUUGAAAAUCCUGCCAAAGAAAAAGGCCAGUGGUAGGUCUUGAACCUGCUACUUUGCACUUGGUAGUUUCUCUUCUUACCCUCUGAGCUACUUGCUCAGAUACUAGUUGUUUGUCUUUUUGCACAUUUAUCAGCUAUUUUUUGUCUUCUUUUUUUUUAGCUCAAGUCUCGUCUCGACCGUUUUUCUCAGGAGGUUGGACUUCAGCCUUUGUGCUGGAGGGUUGAACCCUCAGUUCCAAGACUUUCCAAAGCCUCGAGACCUCCUGAGUCCUCAGGACCUGAGCUUUCACACAGUCUGAGGGCUGAAAUUUUCCAAGUCCCACAGUAGUUCUCUGUUAGAUUUAACUUUCAGACAGUCCAAGGACUGAUAUCUUCUUCUCUGUUAGUUUGAACUUUCUGGUUAACAGAAGCCUUAAAACUUGUGACGAUGAGUCUUGAUUUCACAUUUAGACCAUUGAUCUGAGUUCUUUUCAGACCUUCACCUGUGGGUUUUUUAGAAAUCCUGAACAAACUUCGAUUCUCUUCACUGAACAGUAAAGUUUGUGGAGAGCAGAAGGUAACAUUAGUUUGAUCGAUGCCUUCAACUACUAGUAGACUUUAUCUGGAAAGCAGUUUUCUGAUAUGAGCUCUUAGUAAAUCUGUCCACAAUUAAACCGAGAACAUAGAAAGAGGAAAAGUUUGAAGAAACAACUUGAUGUUUUCAUUUCAGACUAGAAACCUCUUUGAGACCUUUAUCUGUUUUUGAUCAUUGUAUUGUCUCUUCUGUUUGAUUUGAUCUUCUAAAAUCUGACUGGUGUCUUUUAAAGUGUUUUGUCUUCAGUUUGAGUCUUCUUAAAUGUUAAGUUUUGCUCUUUUUUCACAUUUUAUUCUUUUCUAAUGUCUGAUUUUGAAAUGUUUUGUCUUUUUAUUGUUUAAUUGUUUUUUCAAAUGUAUCAGCUUGUUUGAAAAAUUCCUUUUCUUUCCUAAUGUUUAAUUUUUUGAUUGUCUAAGGUUUUUUUUUAAUGUUUCACCACCUUUUAAUGUUUAAUUUUCUUUUUAAAUGCUUCAUUGUAUUUUCUGUUUAAUUCCUAUUUAAACUUUUGUCUUUAAGAUUUAAUUUUCUAAUUAAACAUUUAUUUCUUUUAAAUAAAUGCUUUGUCUUUUUAAAGGUUUAAUGAUCCAAUUAAAUAUUUAGUCUG